AUGUUCACCAGAUCCCUCGCUUCUGCUGUGGUCCUCAGUGGCCUUGCAGCUGCUGUGCCUGCGCCACAAGCCGUUGACAUUUCAGCUGCUGUGAACCUCGCAGUCGGUUCUCCUGCAGCUUCUGGCGAUGUCGCCGACAACCAGUCUGGCAACGUCCCUGGCUACGAGAACGCGGAUGCACCAUACGCCGAUGACGAGCCAACUCCAAUCACUGCAGUGCCAACCAGCUUUGGCCAGAACAGCAUCAUCUCGGCCAUCUACACCACUGCACCAGUCUCCGGCCCAGGCGCUGCUGGCCCUCAGAGAAGCUCCAUGCCAACGGGCACCACAACCCACGGCCCCUUCUCUGGCACAGCGACCACAACCGGUGCUGUAUCGAACUCGCCGCUCGCUGCAACAGUCCCAGAGCUAGGACCAAACCCUACUGCAACCUACUACAACACCAACGGCGAGCUUCAGAACCCACAGCCAAUUCCAUACACCCCAGCUGGUGGUCUCGGCACGAAUGGCACACUCCCUCGCUACAUGGUCAACAGCGACUUCGACUACGAGUCGAUCACUCUCGGUCUCUACCAGGAGUGGAUUGAGCUCGACACCUUCAACAACGCUGUUGCGACUUUCUCCGAGGAGGACUUCUUGGCUGCAGGCCUUGGUCCAGAGGACAUCUCCCUGAUCCAAUUCAUGGCUCAGCAAGAGCAGGGCCACGCUACACUCCUCUCGAACAUGCUCGGCGAGACCGCACCACCACAGUGCACCUACAACUACCCAUACACCAACGUGCGCGAGUUCGUCGACUUCAACCAGCGCCUGACUCGCUGGGGUGAGUCCGGUGUCUGGGGCUUCAUCAACCACCUGGACUCCCGCGAGGUCGGCCAGCUCCUUGCCCAAUCCAUCGCCACCGAGGCCCGCCAGCAAAUGACCUUCCGCCAGUGGUCCGGUCUGCACCCCUACCCAGUCUGGUUCGAGACCGGUAUCCCCCAAUCCUGGGCCUGGACCUACCUGGCUCCCUACAUCAGCUCCUGCCCCGAGAACACCACCCGCGUCGCGUGGCAGAACUACCCAGCCCUCCACGUCGUCAACGACGCGAACAUCAACCGCGUCUCGCCAAACGACACGGCGCCGUUCGAGAAAACCGAUAACCGCACUUCGUCUCCAAACACUAUCCCACUACAGGACGAGAGCUGCAUCAACUUGAACAAAACCGGCUACGGCUGCGGUCCAGCCAUCGCCCACAACCGCUCCGAGCCCCUCUCCUUCCCCGGCAAGCAGGUCAAGCUCAUCUGGGACGAUCCCGGCCAAGCCGUCGGUCCCAACAACAGCUACGUCACCGCUGCCGGCGGCGUCGCGGGUGAGCCUAAGUACGUGUUCUGGGCGGCGCAGCUGAACUUGACGUAUACCGAGUUGACCGUGACUGGUCCAAACGAGGGCUACACGUACCAGCCUGCUGGCGAUGUGUAUGCGGGUGGCCAGGGGAUUGUUAAUGAGACUACGUUUAUUGGUGUGACGGAUACGGAUAUGUUCCUGACGCCUUUCAAUCUGACCAUGUUGAACCCGCAUAUUUUGGCGCUUGGGUUAUACCAGGCUGGUUAA